AAUUUUAUGGUAUUGAAGUGUGUGAUUUAUAAAAAAAAUACUCGUUUAGAGUAUUUAGUUUAAAAAAAAACCAGUUUAUUGGAGUUGUUUUUUUGUUGUUGUUGUCAUCCAUAUUUCUUUUCAAACAUGUCAAAUUUGGCAUUUUUGCAGGCCUGGUUUAAAGUAUUGAAAUCAAGUGCUAAAAAUAAAACAAAAUAAGAUUCAUAAGUUAAUUAAUUUAAAUAAUUAAAACCAGCUGAACAAGGGGAAAAAGUGGAAAAAGAAAAUAUUUUUUUUAAAAAUAACAAUUAAAAGCAAUUAACACGCAUAUUCGCACGUUUUCAUAGUUACGAUUUUAGUGCGGGAUUUUAAAAUUGAUCGAGCAGUUUGAGUAUAUCAAAGGAAUUUGUUUAUAAAAACAUUAUUAUUAUUAAUAUUAUAUUGUUGUUAUUUGUUUUUUUUAUCACACCCUACAACUUAAACCUCCAUUUUACACCCGCCACCAGCAGAUUCCACAAUUUCAUACUGAUCGGCAACGACAACAAUAACAACAAAAAUACGAAAAAAAUAAACAAAAUUGUGUGGAAUAUACACAAUAACUAUAUACAAAAUCAAGAAGAAUAUAAUUUCUAGUUAAUUGCACAUUAAUAACGCGCACACACUUGAUAUCAAGUGGUAUUGUUUGGUAUUAUUACGACGAUUACGAUCACUACUCUUGUACUCACUCCGGAGAGUAUAAGGCAGAGAGUACAUUCAACAUUUUUGAAAAAACUACUGACCGGUGUAAGAAAAUUGAGAGCGAGAGAGAGAGAGAGAGAAAACCUCAAAUUUCCAGAGAAGUGUGGCAAGUGUGGCCACUACCACAACUACUGCUAACCAGCCGGCCUGUGAUCUGGUCAAAGUAUAUAUUGGAUUAUAAUCGCCACAUUCAAUAUGUAUUUUAUGUGAUUAGGAGCAUCUUUCAUCAGUGGAACGUGAGCAGCAUUUAAACAAAAAAAAAAAAUUUAUUGAAAACAAAAAUAAAUGAUCACUUUUUCCAGUGUAUUCUAAGUGAAACACUAAAUAGUUGAAAUUAUUUAAAUGUAAACAAACAUCAAUCCUCAAACUCAUCAAGCGCCAAUUUGAAAAGAAACCAAAAAAUAAGAAUCUCUCAACGUUAAUUAUUGCUGAUCAAGUAAUAAAAUCGUUUAAAAGAUUACCUUACAAAUAAAAUUCUUAAACAACUGCUCCUUAAGAAAAAGAAAACUCUCCUUCCCCAUUACAUAUCUCGUCCGCAUGUUUAUUUUUUUGUAAUUCAUGUAAUUAAAAAUUAAACAACCUAAACAAUCAAUUCGCAAUUAAAUCAACAGUACGUUAUAAAAGUAAACUUACUCUCACUCCAGCAAAUCAGCAAACAACAUGUCUUUCUAUAGCAAACUAACAGCACAAUUUCGUAUUGCUUUAACACCUUCCUUCGCCCGCUUGUUUUGUUUAAUUAUUCUAACAGUUUUACUCAGCUGUUUGGCGCCUUAUAAUCCGUCCAGUAUUUUGGUUAGUGCCAGUCAAUCGGGUAUUUAUGUUGAUAAUGGUCACGAUCAAACUAUAAUGCAUCGUACCUUAGAUGAGGAGGAAAAAGUGGCAGCUUCCUAUGAAAUAUUGGAGUUUUUGGGUUUACCCGAACGUCCGCGAAGGAAACAUAGUCAUUUGUCGUUAAGAAAAUCAGCACCGCAAUUUCUCCUGGAUGUUUAUCAUCGCCUUAAGGAAGAGGAAAAUAAUGAUGAACCGGCGCCCUUGGUGCGCUCAAAACGUGAUCUUCAGGAACAAGAAAACUUUAUAACUGAUCUCGAUAAGAAAGCCAUUGAUCAAAGUGAUAUUAUAAUGACAUUUUUAAAUAAAAACCACCAUGUCGAUGAGGUACGACAUGAACAUGGACGUCGUUUGUGGUUUGAUGUUAGUGAUGUACCCGACGAUAAUUACCUUAUGAUGGCCGAAUUGCGCAUGUAUCAAAAUCCCUCUCAGGGCAAAUGGGCAACAACUGGCAAGGAAUUUACCAUUACCGUAUAUUCUAUUGUUAAAACCAAUGGCCAUGAGAGAGAAUUGGAAGCUCUUUCCUCGAUCAAUACCACCGCUGACUAUCAGGGUUGGUUGGAAAUGAAUGUUACCGAGGGCUUAAGUGCUUGGCUUCAGGAUCCUAAAGAUAAUAGAGGCAUCUAUAUAGGAGCUCAUGCUGUUGCAAAACCCGAUAGAGAAGUAAAACUUGAUGAUAUUGGUUUGGUGCAUCCCAAGGGAGAUGAUGAAUAUCAACCCUUUAUGAUUGGCUUUUUCCGGGGUCCUGAGCUUAUUAAAACUGUUAAACGUCAUAGUCGGCAAAAGCGUAAUACACAUCCUCGUCGUCGCAAGAAGACCGAUAUUGUGAAUCCAUUAAUCGAUGGUCCCAGUGAGAGUGUUCGCAGCUGUCAAAUGCAGACACUGUAUAUUGAUUUUAAAGAUUUGGGUUGGCGUGAUUGGAUUAUCGCACCCGAAGGCUAUGGCGCCUACUAUUGUAGUGGUGAGUGUAAUUUCCCCCUUAAUGCUCAUAUGAAUGCUACCAAUCAUGCUAUAGUCCAGACACUGGUACAUCUAUUGGAACCGAAAAAAGUACCCAAACCAUGUUGUGCACCAACACGUUUGGGUGCAUUGCCCGUGCUCUAUCAUCUAAACGAAGAGAAUGUUAAUUUAAAGAAAUAUAAAAAUAUGAUUGUUAAAAGUUGUGGUUGCCAUUGAAACGAGAGUUUAUACGUUUAUGAAAUUUAAGAAAAAACAAAACUGAGAUUAAAUAAAAAUUCUAAUUUUAUAUGUAUGAA